AAUUAUUGACUAGAAUUUCUUGAAAAUGAAGGACUAUUCAGAAUUACUCACUAGUAAACAUAUUGUGUGAGAUCAACAUAGAAGUGACAUCAUCGCUCGGUUCUUUGUUUUGAUUUUAUUAUAUUUGUAUGGAUUAUAGAGUUUAAAAAUAAUCCUCUCGUAACUGUGGUGUCUUACCGACGUUUUUACUACCUCUUUUAGUUUAUAAAAUGAAGUUUUUUGUUUGAAUAGACUCUAAUCUCGCCUAAAAUUUUCUAUUACUUGUGUGUUUAAAUAUUUUGAUAUAAUGGAGAAGUUUACUAUGAAUGAUUCCAUAGAGAAAAAAUUGGUGGACAAUACCAGCAUUAUUAGCCUAUUGUUUAGUGCUGUCAAAAAGGCCUCAGUUGUUGGAAUAGCAUACCUAGCGGGAUAUAUGAAUUGGUCUAUCGCUUGGUUUGUUGGUCCUGUAGUUCUUUUUGUGAUCAGAGAUCAAUGGAAAAAAACUAGUGAUAGGAAACGAGCUAUCGCUAAAGCCACCGCGCUCAGCAGUGAACAAGAAGUGGUUUUAGCUAGAUUGGACGAUCUACCAGCCUGGGUUUUCUUUCCUGAUAUAGAAAGGGCAGAAUGGAUUAACAGAAUAAUAAAACAAGUUUGGCCCAAUGUCAAUCAAUAUGUUCGAGAACUAGUAAGGGACGCCCUUCAACCGGCUUUAAGGGAAAGCUUAGAAAAAUAUAAAUUAACAGGCUUCAAAUUUGAACGAAUUAUAUUAGGAACAGUGCCGUUUAGAAUUGGUGGAGUCAAAGUGUAUGAUAAGAACAUCGAUAGAAAUGAAAUCAUCAUGGAUCUCGACAUUUUUUACGCCGGCGAUUGUGAUAUUACUUUUCAUCUAAAAGGAAUGAAAGGUGGAAUUCGAGAUUUUCAAUUACAUGGUAUGCUAAGAGUAGUUAUGAAACCGCUCAUUACAUCAAUACCUUUGGUAGGAGGACUGCAAGUCUUCUUUUUGAAUAAUCCAGACAUUGAUUUUGAUUUGGUGGGCAUUGCCGACGUAUUGGAUAUGCCUGGUUUAAGUGAUAUUUUGAGAAGAAUUGUCGUUGAAACUGUGGCGUCUAAAAUGGUUUUACCAAAUAAGUUUCCUAUUAAAUUGAGCGAAGAAGUUGAAGCUGUUGAAUUGAAAGCUCCAGAACCAGAAGGUGUACUUAGGGUACACGUUUUGGAAGCUAGUCACCUCAUGAAAAAAGAUAUUAGUGUUUUAGGCAAAGGAAAAUCAGAUCCUUAUGUCGUUGUCACUGUAGGUGCACAGGAGUUUAAAACAAAAGUGAUUGAUAACACUAUAGAUCCAAAAUGGGAUUAUUGGUGUGAGUUUCAAAUACUAGAAUCAAAUGGACAACAACUUUAUAUACAUGUUUUGGACAAAGAUGAUACAGGUGGAGAUGAGAAUUUAGGAAGAGCCACAAUCGAGGUGUCUAACAUAGUUAAGAAGGGAAGUGAUGAUAUGUGGGUAACACUGGAACAAGCUAAACAUGGUAUGGUUCACCUUCGACUCACCUGGCUAACGCUCAGCAAGAAUUAUUCGGACUUGGAUGCGAUAUUGAACGAAACUCAAUUAUUGAGAAGCUCAAAUCUACACACAGCUCUGGUUACUAUAUUUUUGGAUUCCUGUAAAAACCUGCCCCAAGCAAGGAUGUCAACUAAACCAGAUCCUUACGCUGUUUUGAGGGUCGGAAAUAAUAUCCAACAAACAAAAGUUCUAAUGAGAACAAUUAAUCCCGUUUGGGAAGAGGGCUUCACAUUUCUUAUUAAUAAUCCAGAAAACGAUACGUUAUUUUUGAGUGUGAUGGAUCAAAAAACUUCUUCGGAAAUAGGUCAACUUAAUUUGAAAAUCAAAACAAUAGCCAACAAACAAGAUCUAGUUAUGGACAAGGAACCCUUCUCAUUAUUAAAAUCGGGUCCAGAAAGUAAAGUGAUAUGGUCUAUACAUUUGCGAAUUUUGAAGCAAUCUGAAGUGAUAGCAGAAAUUCGAAGUGAUGAUCCUGGAGUCAUGAAGAGAAGCAUUUCUAACGUUUCUAAGUCUUCUUUGGAAAACUUGGACUCAACCGACGUAUCACAAGAAAAUAUUAACAACGAUCCUUCGGAAUCACUCAAUCCAUCAAACGAAGUGGUUGAGGAUCUCAUCGAAGAUUCUUCCACGUCUUUUGUUAGUAAUAUACCUACCUCCGAAGCAACUGAUAUUCUAUAUCAUCGAACUUCAAGUGUAACAUCAUCAGCAGGUGAAGCAGGUUUAGGUCGCAUACAACUAACUCUUCGGUACAGCAUUCAAAGACAACGACUAAUUGUUGUUGUACAUAAGAUUAUGAACAUACCUCUCAAAGAUCCCUCCAGUAUUCCUGAUCCUUAUGUGAAGCUGUAUCUUUUGCCGGAAAGAGCUCGAGAUACAAAAAGAAAAACGCAGGUUAUCAAGGAUAACAUCAAUCCAAUCUUUGAUGAAACUUUCGAAUAUGUUAUUAGCCAAGGCGAAAUUGGUUUCAGACAAUUAGAAGUUACGGCCUGUACACAAAAGCAACUGAUAUAUUCCAACAGUAACAUUUUAGGACAGGUGAUUAUAGAUCUUGGUAAACUGAAUCUCACUCAACCCUAUAAUUCUUGGUUCGAUUUGCAGCCAGGAUUUCGCGCGGAUUGAAUUUUGGUCAUAGUACAUAAUGUCUUAAAAUCAUUUAUAUCAGGAAAAGUUCAUGUAUUUAGUCGUUUUUCAUAUAUAUUUAUACAAUGUGGUCAAACCAAAACGGACGAAUUCUAACCCCGACAAAAUUUAAAUAUGUAUUGCACAUUAACAAAAAACGAAAACACAGUAUCUUUUAAAAAUAAGGCGGUUCUGAAGUUUAUCAUUUCUCUUUACACUAUAACAUAUAGAAUCUCCACGUUUGCGUUUUUGAUGGCUUCACUUCUUUGUUAAUGUUUGGUAUGUUGUCGUACGCUCUAGAGUUCAAGUAGCCCUAAAUAAAAAGUCACUGUAAGUUAAAUCUAGUGAACAAUCGAAGGAAAGUAGGUUUUAGAAAGUUUAUAGAAGUCCUACCCUAUGAGAUGUAUGUCUAAUCUGUUGAAAACAGGUGUUACCAGGGACAAUGAGAUUCCUUCAAGUAUAUUCUGGUAGCGGGUAUAAUUCUUGUGAGUUAUGUUAAGCCAUAAUGAAGCCAAAUUAUUACUCUUUUAAAACUAGUCAACAAAGUCAAUUAAAAUUAUAUGGUUAUUGAAAAAAUCUGAACAAAAACUGAAACUACUCCUAUUUUCCACAACUCUCCCAACACCGAUGUAAGUUGUGACAGGAACCAAAGUUAGUUGUGACAGCCAUCUUCUUAGAUUACAUAUUUUUGUAAUAUAUUAUAAACAAAGCACGUUUUAUACAUAGAGAACUUUAAAAUUUAAAAUAAUAGUAAGAAACAAUAACAUGAAGUAUUAAACAUGAAAAUAACAAGUAUUAAUUUUUGUAUCAGUAUUUAUGGCUUCAUAACGAGAUCGGUCAAAACUCAUAAUCCAAUCUGACAAACAGUUAUGACAGAUGUAUUGCAGCUUGCCGUCGGUGCAAUCUUCAUAAGACCAGCCUUUACAUUUCAGACACUAAACCCAUUUCUCAUUUGGUCUGCUACAGAAUUCAAGGCAGCGUAAGCAAUAAUAAGCAUCUUCUUCGGCAUACUCUCCAUUUUUUGUUAGUCUGUUGUUUUUCUUCAUUUAAAACACGCCUCUCACACUUUUUAACUUUUUACUGACUUAUAUGGAAAUUAUUUCAUCCCUUGAAUGUGUGUCGGUAAGAAUAGCUAAUUUGAUCUUUACUCUAUUAGGUUGGGUCUUAUAUCUUGGUGGAGGUUUGGUCAACGACCUGAUUCUGGCGACAACAGAUUAGAAGUGGCAAGAACAGAACGAGCUGUAGACAAGGAUUCAUUGGCGUUACUGAUUGUCAAAUGUGAAUUGCUAGAUGUCGUGGCUUGAUAUAUAAUAUAUCAUAAGAUACGUUUCCAUCAAGAAACACAUCAGGAGUUCGACCUGUAAUUCCAAGGAAUUCUGGCACAUUAUUAGGUCGAGUAUCUCCAAAACUACUCAAUAUGAGGAAAAUAGCCUAAUCAUGUGAAUUUCAGAUUAAAUAAAUAAUCAAAAUUUCGAUAAAAAACCUACUUUUCGAUUUUUUUCCAUGCAAUCGUCGUACUCGCUCAUCCGCUUGGUAUGCUCCUCUGGCGCGUAGUGCGUCCACUAGCGCGUCUCUAAGGAAACAAUGGCGCGGUGUUGCCAAUUCGCUAACGGUCAUAGGUUCCAACAAGUCGUCUUUGUCAUAACUCACCUCGGUCUCCCCUAAUAAAAUUGAAUUGCUUACUGAGAAUCCGAAAUACUUAAGUGUCGGGUUAGCGUAGGUAUAGCUUGUCCUAUCACACACCUCGAUGUACCCAUUUUGGUUCGAUCACUUGAUAUGAAACGAACAAAAAUCUCAAUUUAAAAUAUCUUAAAAUAACAAUUAACCUUUUCCAGUCUCGAUUUAAUGGAAUAAAAAAUUUCUGUUAUAUUAUUCAUUUUCAAAAAAAUGCUUACAUUGCUAUUUUUAUAGGCCUAUAAAAUAGUAGACCGGGCUAGAAGCCUUUAAAAAUAAUAAAAAGUGACAAAAAAUAAUAGUCGGAUGAAAACCCAUUGGAAAGGGGGAGAAUGUAAUAAAAAUAACUUACGGGCGAUCUGAGGUCGGGAAGGGAAAGGGGGUGAGUUUUUAAGGCUUAAAAACGGUUUAUCUCGAUUCCUAGCAAAACUACAAGUCCUAUGAAAAAAAAACAAACAGCAAAAUUUAGGUUAUUAAGAAGAUCUAAAACUUUUAUAUUCACACUUUUUUCACUUAACCUCAAAAUUUAUGUGAAAAAUUUAAAAAAUCAUGUUUUUCGUUUUUAAUUUUCAUCUUUUACAAAAACCAUUUUUUUACGAAAUUUUGUGAAAAGUUACCUUUUUAGAUCGCAUAUACACUGUAAUAUAUUUGACUUGAAAUAUUUAUUUUUUCACGUUAUUUUGAGAAAAUAUCGAAAAAGCGACCUAAUUUUCGAACGAAAUUUCUGCCGUCCAAACAUCAGCUUUUUCGAAAAUUCUAAACUCUAAUUACUUAUCUCCAUCAAUGUAACCUCAAAUUUUUCGUGUAUUUGGAGCUGAAAAAUGCAAUAAACAACUAAAAGUUGUACGAAAUGAUUAAAAAAAAUUUAGGAUGCUAUAGUUUUUUUGUCUAGUUUUUUGUCUUUUCUAAGAAAAUUUACCAUAGUGCAGGUAACAUUUUUUUUACACCUUCAGGAAGUAGAUACUUCAACGAACAAAAAUCUCACCAACUUUUAAAAAAAAUCGGAUAUUUUGACGGGAGAUUCCUCGUUCGAAAUUUAAGGUGUUUUUUCGAUAUUAUGUCAAAAAUAAAAAAAUAACUAUUUCAAAUCAAAUAAAUUUCAGUGUCUAUGGGACAUAAAAAGGGAACUUUUCACAAAAUUACGUGAUAAAAAAUGUUUUUGUAAAAAAUUUGAUUUUUUUUUAAUCUUUCUCAUAAAAUUUGAAGCUAUGUGAAAAAGUGUGGAUACAAAAAUUGUAGAUCUUCUUAUUACUUAUAAAUUUGCUAUUUGAGUUUUUCCCAUAGCACUUGUAGUCUUGCCAGAAAUCAAGAUAAACCAUUUUCUACCCUUAAACACUUACCUCGUUUCCCUUCCCAACCUCAGAUCACCCGUAAAUUAUUUUUAAUUUUAUCACAUUCUCCUCCUUUUUCAAUAGGUUUUAAUAUUUUUUUUUGUUUCAAAAAUUAUCGAGCCUGGUCUAUAGGACAUAGAUAAACAGAAAGAUGAAAAAUGAUUCCAAAAACGUAUAACAAGUUGAUUCAAAUUUUUCCAGAGAGAUGUGUUUAUGCCACGGCAAUAUUCAUAAAAUAAUUAAAAUGCAAACAAAAAAAUCUGCUGUAAGUCCUUGUUGCACUGUACAAUGUGGAUCAUAUAAAAGUUUAGCUAAUAAUGGAUUUAUGGCUUACUUAAUAAUUAUAUAGCCAUAUAGGAUCAGGAAUUUGAUUUAUAAUUCUAUAUUUAGUAAAAUUCUUUUGCUCAGCUUCAUUUUCGCUGCUAACGAACGUAUUUCUCUGAAAAUUUAGAGCAACUUCAGAGUCUAUUUUCGUAAUAUCUCAUCGUUAAAUAAUAUUUAUAAACGUUUAGUAUCUGUCUAAUAAAAAUUUUUAAAACCUCA